AUGGCCGAUCAGAGUGUGGCGUGGGACGAGCUCGACACGCAGGGGCCCCCGAGUGCGAGCGAUGCGGCCGCGCAUGCCAUGCUAGAGCAUCGAAAGCUCGCACAAAAGGUGCCUGUGCCGACCUCGGACACCCAGGUCCGCGAGCGCUUGCGGCACUACCACGAGCCCAUCACGCUCUUUGGCGAGCGCGAGCCGGAUCGCCGGGCGCGUCUCUUGCACGUCCUCAUAGACAGGCACGGAAAAAACGCCGUGCAUGUUUCGCACGCGCCCCAGGCACCUGAGGAAGACGAGGAAGAAGACGAGGAAUUCUACACCGAGGGAUCCCACGACUUGCUGAUCGCUCGUCGACGCAUGGCCGCCUUUUCACUCCAGCGCGCCAAGGAGCGCCUUCGCCAGCAGUGCCAGGAAUCCACGGCAUCCAUGCAAGAAGUCGCUGCGCUUCGUCAGACGGUGCUGGAGCCGCUCAAGUCGUAUACGAGUCUCGGCACCCAAGUCGCUGCCGAGCGCCCCGUGUCCGUCGUGCGCUUCUCUCCCGACGCCUCUCUCUUGGCCACAGGCAGCUGGUCAGGCAAGGCGUCUCUAUGGAGUAUACCCAACGCCACGCCAUGCGGCACCAUGCACGCCCACGAAGACCGUAUCACGGGCCUCGCAUGGCAUCCACGCGCCACGAUCGGCCAGCCACGCUCCGCGAUCCAUAUGGCUACCGGCGCCGGCGACGGCGCCUUAUGCACAUGGUCACUCGAAAGUGAACGACCCCUCUCCGUGCUGCGCGGACACGAGGCGCGCGUGUGCCGCAUUGCAUUCCAUCCUAUGGGCGAUUACUUGGCCAGUGCGUCGUUUGACGGCACAUGGCGACUGUGGGACGUCGCGCGCGCCCAAGAGCUGAUGCUGCAGGAGGGACACAGCCGCGAAGUGUACGCGAUCGAUUUUCAAGGCGACGGCGCACUCGUCGCGUCUGGCGGCCUCGAUGCCAUCGGUCGCGUGUGGGACACGCGCACCGGACGCACGGCCAUGGUCCUAGAUGGCCAUGCGCGCGAGAUUCUCGGACUGGCCUUCGCACCGAAUGGGUAUCAGCUCGUUUCGACAUCGGGAGACGACACGGCCCGUGUUUGGGACCUGCGCAUGCUCCGCAGCUUGUACACGAUUCCCGCGCACCACUCGUCCGUCGCCGAUGUGCGCUUCUUUCACGCAGCAGAAAGCUCCCUUCCUUCGAUGGAUGAAGACGGCUCGGAUACCCACUCGCUCAGCCGCUCGGGACUGUACUUUGCCACGGCCGGCUACGAUGGCCUCGUCAAGAUAUGGAGCGCCGACGACUGGCAGCUGGUCAAGUCGCUGCGUGGCGACGCCGGCAAGGUCAUGAGCGUCGACAUCAGCUCCGAUGGCCAGUACGUGGCCAGUGGCGAAUGGGCUCGCACUUUCAAGCUUUGGGGACAUGUAUAG